ACAGACGUCAUAGUCUUUAAUGAUACUCAGUCUGUUAGAUCAAGUCCAAUCAUCCAACUUCUCAUUCGAUGAUCUAUUUCCACAUGUAUGCCUCGUCUGCGUCGAACCUUGCCUAGCAGGUGCGGCCGCUUCCACCUUCACCCGUCGCCACGCCAUCACUACAUCUCUAGUACGAACCCACUGUCAAGCAUUUUUCUCAACCCAACCUUUACGUCUGUUUCACUAUGUGCACUCUCCUAAAGUUCAAGCUGGUCUUCUUCGUCCCACCCAGCGCCCUCGAGGCGUGCAAAACCGCCAUCUUUGCUGCGGGCGCUGGUCACUUCCCAGGCACCGCCGGGUACAGUGAGUGUUGCUUCACGUCCAAGGGUACUGGACAAUUCAUACCAGGCGCUGCAGCCAACCCGCAUAUCGGCAAGGUUGGCACCUUGGAGGAAGUGGAAGAGUAUCGAGUUGAAACGAUAUGCUUGGGUAGAGAUACCGCAGUGGCAGCAGUGGCAGCAUUGAGGAAAGCACAUCCGUACGAAGAGCCGGCUUACGAGGUCUACAAGAUAGAAGACAUGUGAGAUGAUUGCCAUUGUUGCAAAUGUGGAAUCGGAGCAGACAACAUCACCUAGGUCGUAAAAUAUGCUCACAGGUAACCGAAUUCGCCAUUGGAAAGCUCCCAAGAUUUCGCUGUCAUAUUUUCGUAGUACUUCCAAUGCACGUUAACCUCGCAACGUAGCCU